UAAUUAAACAAAAGCACACAAAAAUGAGAUUACCUGAAAAUUUAGAAGAUAUUUAAUACGGAGGAAAAAUAUUCAUUUUUCACUUUUCGAACAAACACUAUAUUCGCAGACUUGGAAGUAAUUUCUCUUGAUAUUCAAAAAUAACGUGACGAACAAUGAUUUAUUCAGUCGGCAAAAGUAAGACAGGUACGUGUCUUCCGAUAGCAUUUGCAUUAUUUUUAAUUAAUAAUCACUGUGUUAAUGCUAUAUCAGUACCAGUAGUCUCAUUUGAAAUUGAAGAUCCAAAAGUGUUGGAAAAUAUGGAAAGUGUUACUGAUCAAAGAGAGAUAAUUAUAGAUGCCAAAGUUCAAAAUCAAAAAAGCAACGAGAAUACAAAGACACAUUUAUUGCUAAAAAGACGGUCGCGCCGUGGAAUGUCUGAUUAUAUGACUCCGUGUCACUUUAAAAUUUGUAACCUUGCCUCAAAUCUAAUCGUAGACUCCAAGGAAUCGGAAAAUAGGGAAAGUUAUCAAAAUAAUCAAAACCUUCCAAAUCAAACAAGGGCCGAAACAAUAUUAUCAAAAUCAAGAGACGCCGUUAGUCAAGAGGGUCAAGAGUCGCAUUUUUUACAAAAAAGAGUGAUACGCCCUUUUACAAAUAACCAACAUAGGUCAUUCGACUAUAUGCAUCCCUGUCAUUUUAAAAUCUGUAAUAUGGGUCGGUAAUGAUCAAUAUUUAUUUAUAUUUGAGCUAGUUUAUUUCUAUUUAAGAAAAAGGUCAAUUUUUGACAUGAAAAAUUGACAUAAAAAAUUUUGACUUGAAAAAUCAUAUGAAUAACGACUUUAGUCAUAUAAAGUUCACAGUAUUAAGAUUUUCCAUUAAAAAAAUAAUAAUUUAUAAAUAUAUUUAUUUUAAUAAGAGUGCAAGUAUGAUUUUAGUACGAAUGUUUUGAAAAUGUAUAAUGAGUACAAAAAGUAUAAAUGUUUAAUACAGUACCGUCCGAAAUUGUCAGUCCACCCAUUCUCAAAGGAAUGACAAAAUUUUUUUAACAUAAAAUUCAUGAAAAGUAAAAUUUUUUUUGGUUUAUAUUUUGAAAGACAAUAAAAUUUUGAA